GCUGAAAGUGUUUGGGGAGAUUAGACAUUGCUGUCCGGAUACUCCUCUCUCUUGGUGGCCAUCAUGUCUUUGACCUCUGCCUACCAGCAUAAAUUAGCCGAGAAGCUCACUAUCCUGAAUGAUCGAGGUCAGGGGGUUCUCAUCCGCAUGUAUAACAUCAAGAAGACUUGUUCAGACCCCAAAUCCAAACCACCUUUCUUACUGGAAAAGUCCAUGGAAUCUUCUCUCAAGUACAUCAACAAGAAAUUUCCCAACAUAGAUGUCCGAAACAGCACGCAACAUUUAGGACCAGUACAUCGGGAAAAAUCUGAGAUAAUUAGAUUUCUCACCAACUACUACCAGUCAUUUGUGGAUGUCAUGGAAUUUCGGGAUCAUGUAUAUGAACUCCUCAACACCAUUGAUGCCUGCCAGUGCCAUUUUGAUAUUAAUCUCAACUUUGACUUCACUCGGAGUUACCUGGACUUGAUUGUGACUUACACCUCAGUUAUUUUACUUCUGUCACGGAUUGAGGACCGCCGAGUCCUCAUCGGCAUGUACAACUGUGCCCAUGAGAUGCUGCAUGGGCACGGUGACCCCAGUUUUGCCCGUCUGGGGCAGAUGGUCUUAGAGUAUGACCACCCUCUGAAGAAGCUGACAGAGGAGUUUGGGCCUCACACAAAGGCUGUGAGUGAAGCCCUCCUCUCUUUGCAUUUCCUUUUCGUCCGGAGGAACCAGGGGGCUGAGCAGUGGCGCAGUGCCCAGCUGCUGAGUCUCAUCAGCACCCCCCCAGCCAUGAUCAACCCUGCUAAUUCAGACACAAUGGCCUGUGAGUACCUGUCUGUGGAAGUGAUGGAGCGCUGGAUUAUCAUUGGGUUUCUUCUUUGUAAUGCCUGCCUCAACUCCAAUAGCCAGUGCCAGAAGCUGUGGAAGCUGUGUCUGCAGGGCUCCCUGUACAUCACCCUCAUCCGGGAGGACGUGCUGCAGGUGCACAAGGUCACCGAGGACUUAUUUAGCAGUUGGAAAGGGUAUGGCAAGAGAGUGGCAGACAUAAAGGAAAGCAAGGAACAUGUAAUUGCGAACAGUGGCCAGUUUCAUUGUCAGCGGCGCCAAUUUCUGCGGAUGGCAGUGAAGGAGCUGGAGAGCGUAUUAACUGACGAGCCAGGACUACUGGGUCCCAAGGCCCUUUAUGUUUUCAUGGCCCUGUCCUUCAUUCGUGAUGAGGUCACCUGGCUGGUUCGCCACACAGAAAACGUCACCAAGACAAAGACCCCUGAGGACUAUGCUGACUCGAGCAUUGCAGAACUGCUUUUCUUGUUGGAGGAGAUUAGGGCUCUGGUCCGAAGACACAUCAAAGUGAUACAGCAAUAUCACCUUCAGUACCUGGCUAGAUUUGAUGCUCUUGUACUCAGUGACAUCAUUCAAAACCUGUCUGUGUGUCCUGAGGAGGAGUCCAUUAUAAUGUCCUCAUUCGUCAGUACUCUCUCUUCCCUGAAUCUCAAACAAGUUGAGAGUGGAGAGAAAUUUGAAUUCUCUGGUUUGAGGCUGGACUGGUUCCGUCUACAGGCAUAUACCAGUGUGGCUAAGGCUCCCUUGCACCUGCACGAGAACCCUGACUUAGCCAAGGUGAUGAAUCUCAUUGUCUUUCAUUCCCGAAUGCUGGACUCAGUAGAGAAUAUACUGGUGGAAACUUCUGACUUGUCUACUUUCUGCUUCCAUCUCCGCACCUUCGAGAAGAUGUUUGCUAUGACCCUGGAGGAACCUUCCAUGUUGCGCUAUGCCAUCGCUUUCCCCCUGAUCUGUGCUCAUUUUGUCCACUGCACUCAUGAGAUGUGCCCAGAGGAGUACCCCCACCUGAAGAACCAUGGCCUUCAUCACUGCAACUCCUUCCUGGAAGAGUUGGCCAAGCAGACCAGCAACUGCGUCCUGGAGAUCUGUGCUGAACAACGAAACCUGAGCGAGCAGCUUCUACCUAAGCACUGUGCCACUACCAUCAGCAAGGCCAAGAAUAAGAAAAUCAUGAAGCAGAAGCAGACCCCCAGAAAAGGAGAGCCUGAGAGGGACAAGCCAGGAGCUGAGAGUCACCGGAAGAACCGCAGCAUUGUCACCAACAUGGACAAGCUACACUUAAACUUGACAGAAUUGGCACUGACAAUGAAUCAUGUACACAGCUUCUCUGUGUUUGAACACACCAUCUUCCCUUCUGAGUAUCUCAGCAGCCAUCUGGAGGCCAGACUCAACAGAGCCAUUGUGUGGCUGGCUGGCUACAACGCCACAACCCAAGAGAUUGCAAGGCCUUCUGAGCUGUUGGCAGGAGUCAAAGCGUAUAUCAGUUUCAUACAGUCACUGGCCCAGUUUGUGGGUGCAGAUGUUUCUAGAGUCAUCCGCAAUGCCCUCCUCCAGCAGACACAGCCCCUGGACUCGUGUGGAGAACAGACGAUCACCACUUUCUACACAAAUUGGUACCUAGAAAGUCUGCUUAGACAGGCGAGUAGUGGGACCAUCAUCCUCUCCCCAGCCAUGCAGGCCUUCAUCAGCCUUCCUAGAGAGGGGGAGCAGAACUUCAGUGCAGAGGAGUUCUCUGACAUCUCUGAGAUGCGGGCCUUGGCUGAACUCUUGGGCCCUUAUGGCAUGAAGUUCCUGAGUGAGAACCUGAUGUGGCACGUGACCUCUCAGAUUGUGGAGCUGAAGAAGCUGGUGGUGGAGAACAUGGAUGUACUUGUUCAGAUCAGAUCCAACUUUAGCAAGGCAGAUUUGAUGGCUUCUCUGCUGCCCCAGCUGAUAGGGGCUGAUAAUGUGCUGAAGCGCAUGACCAUCAUUGGAGUUAUCCUCACUUUUAGGGCCAUGGCCCAAGAGGGACUUCGGGAGGUGUUCUCCUCUCACUGCCCAUUUCUUAUGGGUCCCAUCGAGUGCCUGAAGGAGUUUGUCACUCCAGACACAGACAUCAAGGUGACCCUGAGUGUCUUUGAGCUGGCCUCUGCUGCAGGAGUGGGCUGUGACAUUGACCCAGCCCUGGUGGCUGCCAUUGCCAAUCUGAAAGCUGAUACUUCAUCCCCUGAGGAAGAAUAUAAGGUGGCCUGCCUGCUCUUGAUCUUUCUUGCGGUUUCCCUCCCACUCCUUGCCACUGACCCCUCUUCCUGCUAUAGUAUUGAGAAGGAUGGUUACAACAACAAUAUUCAUUGCUUGACCAAAGCCAUCAUCCAGGUGUCUGCUGCCCUCUUCACACUCUACAACAAGAACAUUGAAACUCACCUUAAGGAGUUUCUGGUGGUGGCCUCUGUCAGCCUCUUGCAGCUGGGCCAGGAGACCGACAAGCUUAAAACCAGAAAUCGGGAAUCCAUUUCUCUGCUCAUGCGCUUGGUGGUGGAGGAGUCCUCCUUCCUGACCCUGGACAUGUUGGAGUCCUGUUUCCCUUAUGUCCUGCUUCGAAAUGCCUACCGGGAGGUAUCCCGGGCCUUCCACCUGAACCGAGUGGCAGCCAGUACCCACUGAUGGGCCCUUUGGGCCUACCUAAACCCAUGUAGCUAUAGCCGUUUUCUCAAGGGAAGUGCUCAGGAGCCAGAGCUGCUGAACAGACACACGGAGGAACAGUCCGGGGCUGAGAAAUCAUAGAGAAAUGGGGCAGGCUGGCUGGGGGUGGGGGUGGGGGACAGUUUUUGGGAAAAGUGAGGGAAUUGGGACCACAUGUGUGAAUUUGUGCAAUGAAAAACACGAGUGACAUACAAGUAUAUUUUCUCUCUUGUGGUGACUAGUGCUUGAGCUCUGACUGGCAUGGGUCUCUUGACCUUCAUCACUAUUCUAGGAUAAUGCUGGCGGGCAGAGAUGAUCAAUCAUCAUAUUAAACCAUAAUGAGCUUAUAA